AUGGUAAUUGAUGCAGAAUCUUUUUAUGGGAAAAGAAAAAGCAAGAAUAAUGUUUCACUAUAUUUAAAUGUUGAAAAAUAUGCUAUAUUAAAAAAAAUUAAAAAAUUUAAUGAUAACGAUACAUCCAAUAGUAUAAAAAAAAAAAUAUUUUACAAACAACAUGAUGCAUUAAACUAUUAUAAAAAGGUUACAGAGAAUGAGCAGGAUGAGCAGAACGGACAGAACGAGCAUGCCGGAAUAGUAUGCCAACUUCCUGAUCAUAGAAAUCGCAAUUUAUCUAUUUAUAAAAAACAAAAUAUUAUUGUAUAUACUGAAGAACUUGAAAAUGCAAAAAGAUGUUUUAUAAUAGACAAUUUUUAUGAGUUUCUAAAAUUUUACAGCUUUUACACAUUAACAUUAAGCGAAAUAUAUUAUAAAGAUACACAUCCCCAAAUCAGCAAUUCCUAUCCAAACAAUUGUAUUGAGGAUGAAGAAGAUAAAGAUAUGAAUCUUUAUGAAUUAAUAAUAAGUAAUGAAAAGAGGUGGCUUUAUUUUGAUAUAGAAUAUGAUAAUAUUGAGGAAUAUAAAAAUAAAGAUAUUGUGUUGUUUAUUUUUUUAAUUGAAUUAUGCUUAUUUAUUUAUAACUAUUUUAAUAUAAAAAUAUGUUUAAACGACAUUUUAAUAUUAGAUAGUUCAACAAAUAAUAAAAUUUCAUUUCAUAUAAUUGUAAAAAAUAUUCAUGUUUUAAAUUGGGAUUAUAAUGAAUAUCUGAUUAAUUAUGCUCGCUUUUUUUUAAAUAAAAUUAGUGGAAAUUCAGAUAGCUUUUAUGAAGAUUUUAAAAAUGAACAAUACAAAAAAAAAGAUAAACAAACAAAUGAUGAAGAAACUAAAAAUAUAUAUCUUCUUUUUGACAACGAAAAUUCAAUGAAAUAUUUUGUAGACUUAUUCAUAAAUUAUAUACAUCAAACUAUAGCAGAAUGUGAACAUAUAUACAGUAUUAAUUUGCUAACACUUUUUAUAAAUAAAAAUAAAGAAUAUAUUAUCGAUGAUCAGGAAAAAAUAAAAUUAUUAAAUUUUGAAAAAAAUAAUUUAAAUAAAACAUCAAAAUUUGAUUCUAAAAUUGAAGAUAUUAACUCUAUUAAUGAUUUUAGUGAAAUAAGUGAUGUGAUAUUUGCUAUACAACAUGGUAAACCCUUAACGGAAAAUAACUCAAAAUUUGAAAAUUCGAAAAAAAAAAUUAAAGAAGAAAACAAAUUAGAUAAUGAACAUAAUCAGGUAAAAAAUGAAUUAAACAUGUAUUUUUCACUAUAUUGUGAUAGUAUAGAAGAUGUAAUAAACUAUUAUAUAAAUGACCUAAGUAAUAAUAUACCCAAUAACCAGAAAAAAAAAUACAUUAUUUUAUUAUAUGCUCAAAAAAAAAAUGAAAAUAUAGAAAAUUGUAAUAAGCAAAAAAAUGAUAUAUAUAAUGAGACAAAUAAUAAUGAAAAUUGGGAUGUAAAUAGCCAAAAGGAAAAUAUUAUUAACAAUUAUGAUGAUUUAACUAUGACACUUGAAAUUGAAAAAAAUAAUUCUUUUUCAAAUUUAAACAAUCAUGAAAACGAACUAAAUUUUAAUUAUAUAAAUGAAACUACUAAAGGUGAUAAUGUUUUAUUAAAAUGUAUAAUUGAUAAUUCAGUAUAUAGUAAAAAUCGUAAUUUUCGGAUGAUAUUUUCAAGCAAAAAAAAUAAAAAAAAUAAACUACUUUUAAGUCAAUUUAAUGUAAAACCUUACGAAAAAAAAGACAUAAAUAAAUUGAUUCUAAAAUCAUUAGUAACAUAUUAUAAAAAAAAUGAUAUAUAUAAUCAAAUAAGUGAAAAAAAUAUAUUUAAAUAUGAACAUACAGAAAAAGAAUUUCAAGAUAAUAUAUAUGGAUUAAAUGAUACAGCAGAAAAAAAUUUGCAUUUAUUAAUAGACAAACACUUACACACUAAUGACAUUAUUGGAGUUAAAAUUAAAAAUACGAAUUUGACAAAACGAAAACAAAUAAAGAAUCUGAAUGCUCAUAAAAUUAUCAACUUAAAUAGUUUAAAGGAUAAUAAACAUGUUAAUCAUAUUUUAAAAAUUAUAUUUUUUUGGAAUUUUAAUUUGUAUACAAAUUUUAAAAAAAAUAAAAUUUACACAACUAAAUUUAGGUCAGAAAUAACCAAAGAUUAUUUUUAUAAAAUUGUUCAUAUAUAUAAUAACAUCAACUAUGACUCAUUUCAACUUGAACCCGAAUAUGCACAAUCAACUACCCAGGCUCACACUGAAACGGGCGAAAAAACGGGCGAAAAAACGAGCGAAAAAAAUGGUCACAAUUUUAUGGGUCACUAUGAAACAUACGAAAUGAAAAAUAUUUAUAGUCAAAAUAUAAAUAAAAUAAAAGAAUGUGAAAAAAAGACAGGCAAAAAUAAUUUAAGCCAAAAAACAAAUCAACAAAAUAUUAAUAUAAACAAAUUUAGUGAUUCAUUUUUUUUAAAAAAUGAAGAAUUUUUUACAUAUUUACUAAAUCAAUAUACAAAUUUUUUAAAUAAACAAAAUAGUGAUAAUAUAUAUUUAUUAAUCCAAUACUUUAUAAGUUCAAUCUCAUAUAAUGAUGAAGAAUAUAUACUAAAUUUUAAAGAUAAUAAAUAUUGUAAAAAUAUUGAUAGAUCUCAUAAAUCUAAUCAUAUUUAUAUAAUUUAUAAUUAUAAUAAAAAUAUAUUUGUUCAAAAAUGUUAUGAUAGUGAAUGUUCCCAUUUUGUCUCAAAUAUAUAUUAUUUUUAA